AUGGCAGAACAACAGCAACAACAGCAGCAGCAGCAACCUGCUCCGCUGAAGCAGGAGGCUUCGGUCCCGACACAGUCGGACCCUGCUAAGCAGACAAUUGCUACUGAUGAUAGCCUGGCUUGUCAGUGGGAUAAGUGUUCUGAAAAGUGCGCCUCUGCAGAGUCUCUUUUUGAGCACAUCUGUGAGAAACAUGUUGGACGAAAGAGCACAAACAACUUGAACCUCACCUGUGGCUGGAACCAAUGUCGGACCACCACUGUCAAGCGCGAUCAUAUCACCUCCCACAUCCGAGUCCAUGUCCCCCUCAAGCCGCAUAAAUGCGACUUCUGCGGAAAGGCCUUUAAGCGCCCUCAAGACUUGAAGAAACACGUCAAGACUCAUGCUGACGACUCCGUCCUCCUCCGAUCCCCAGAUCAGCCAGGUGGACAGAAUUCGGGCUAUAGACAAGGCGGCAAAGUCAUUGCUAACCUGCAACACCUUGCAGCUACCGGUCCUGGUUACUAUGACCAUGGUGCCCAGAUGCAUCCCGGCCCGCCUGCCAACUAUGGCAACCCCCAUCAUGCUCCCCAUAAUGGGUACUAUGCUCCCCCGCAACCUUCUUCCUACGGCCCGGUGUACUACCCGGUAAACCACCCCGGAGGAGGCAUGAACCAUCACGCGGCAUAUGACGACCGGAAACGCGGAUACGACGCCUUGAAUGAUUUCUUCGGUGAUGCCAAACGACGACAGAUUGACCCUACCUCCUAUGAUCAAGUUGGACAGCGGUUAAUGGCCCUGCAAGGCGUUCCCAUCCCAGGCGGUGGAAUGUCUGAAUACAUGCCAGCCGGUCCUGCGAUGGUCGCUGUCGGUGGUCACGGCGGACACGGUGGCCAUGGUGGGCCGGUGUCACAGCAUCAAUAUGCCCUUCCCCCAAUGCCCAAUCUCCGAACCAAGAACGAUCUCAUGAAUAUCGAUCAAUUCCUGGAGCAGAUGCAGUCCACCGUUUAUGAGAGCUCGAAUGCCGCAGCCGCCGCAGGUGUACAACAGCCGGGCGCCCACUAUACCCACCAAGCCAUCAACUUCCGCCAGAGUCAUUCUCCUCCACACCAAGCCUCCAGCCAUGCCAUCCCACAUGCAUCUUCCGCACAUGUCACCGCCCCAAUGAUGGCAACCCACUCCGCUCAGUCCAACGCAUCCAACACACCGGCGUUGACUCCACCUUCGAGCUCUGUGUCCCAGGCAUCCGGCCACUCUCCAGCUUCUUCCCAGGGAAUGUCACCCAUCUCUCGGCAUCACCCAUCCUCUUCAGCCGCCUAUCCAAGCUUGCCAGCCGUCACCGCCGGAUACUCUGCUCACUCAACAACGGCACCAGCCUCCACUCUCGGCACAAACUUCGAUAGCGAUCCUCGGCGACGCUACUCCGGAGGCAUGCUCCAACGCAGCGCCAACCCCCGCGAUGCCCUGAGCAUGAUGGAUGUAGCUUCUGAUAGCUCGCGCAGCCCUACGCCGAAAUCGGCCACACCACGUCCAGAAACCCUGGUCAGGUCCCCCCUCGCUAGCAACAUUGACCCGGCACUCGCAGGCAGCCUCUCCCCGAGUCCUCGCUCCGAGAGCGGCGAAAGCGCUCGUGACCGCGCCGAGGAACUCUGGAUCGAGAACAUCCGCGUCAUCGAAGCCCUCCGCAAAUUCGUCAAUGACCGUCUUGACCGACGAGAGUAUAUCGAAGAGGAGAACGCAGACACUGUAAUGACCGACUCGAAAUCUCCAUCACCCACCUCCGAGAAGGCUCCCGAGAGCUUAUACCCAGUUCUUCGAACUGACUAA